GCUCGUGGUGAGCAAACUCACCAAGUCCUUCGGCCUUUGCCUCGGCGUCAACAAUGUGAGCUUCACCCUCAAGACCGGCCAGUGCCUUGGCAUCAUCGGCGUUACCGGGGCGGGGAAGACGGAGCUGAUGCAGCUGCUGACUGGCCUCUCCGAGAGCUCGUCGGGCGAUGUCUACCUGGGGUCGUUGUCGCUGUCACGCACACCCAGGGUGUACGCCUCCAAGAUCGGCUACUGCCCUGACACGCUUGGCCUGCCCGACCACCUCACCGGCCGAGAGAUAAUCGAGCUCUUCUGCGUGCUUCGGGGCUUCCGGCUAAACGACACGACGGAGAUAGUGAUGAACCUGCUGCGCAUCAUGGAGCUGACCACCGUGGCCAACGACAUCACCAGCAGCUACACACCCGGUGACAAACGUAAGCUCUGCAUAGCGCUGGCCAUCGCGGGCCGGCCCAGCGUCGUUCUCUUGGACGAGCCGAGCACUGGUGUGGAUGUCGCUGCGAAGGCGCAGAUACGGCGUAGUCUCAGCAUCGUCCGCCAGAUGACAGACUGCGCCAUACUGCUCACCUCAAACAGCAUGCAGCAGUGCGAGGUACUGUGUGACCGCAUCGCCAUUCUGCUCGCGGGCCAGCUGGAGUGCAUCGGCACGGUGGACGAGCUGAAGAGCAAGUUCGGCCGUGGCUACACAAUCACCAUCAAGCUGCGCCAGGACACCUUCGAGGACUCCGAGUACCGAGAAGACCUGACGCAGGACAUGAUGGCUGACUUCCACAGCUGCCAGCUCGACCACUCCUUCCAGGCAAGCUUUCUUCACUGUAGACUCAAAAAAGGACAACUACAACGAAACUUCACUUUGGCUAAUCUGGUUUUUUUUUUUUUUUUUUUUUACUCUCGCGCCCGCGUUCAGAGCAAGCGCACCCUAUCUCGAGGCCAGUCAUCAUCUGUUAGCGCGACUCGCGCAAGGACUGUGAGUUUGAUGACGUGACAGCUGGUGACGAGCAAACACUGGUGGCAAGUACGCGAUAAAAACAAGCUGGGGGCUAUUAUAAGACUGUUCGUUCCGCCUAAUCAUGCAAUCCCAGUGAAAAUAUGGCUGCCACCUACAGACGAUGGAAAGUACGGCUUAUACUACUCAAUAAACCUUCGCAAAGCUGCAUGGCUGGUAACUGUCUAAUUUUUUUUAUUAGCAGCCUUAUAAUACAGCACCUAAGUAGACUAUAAGUGGUAAUGGCGGCGUUUAUUUCGUUCUUUUUCUAAUUCCGGUAUCGGAAACUUUUGCAUUAGCGAGCUUUUCGUGAUGCACCCACACGAAUUUCAAAGGUAAGU